UUCACCGAAACAGAUAAAAUAUAUCGUCAAAAUGAGCAGCGCCGCCAAUAUGAGCAACAUCUUCACUUCGAGAAAUCAAUAAAAUCUAACUCAAACUUGUCAGACGAAAUGCCUUCUACGUUCGACGACGUAACUGAAAAUAACAGCACCAGUAAUCUUCAUUACGGCAACUAUAAGCGAUUACCCGAUGAAAUUGUCAUCUCUGGUAUGUCUGGACGUUUGCCAGAGAGUUCAAAUAUUGAAGAAUUCAAGGAAAAUUUAUUCAAUGGCAUCGAUAUGGUUAACGAUGAUCCACGUCGUUGGCCAAAUGGUUUAUUCGAUUUACCUACUCGAAUGGGUAAAAUUAAGGACAUCGAUUUGGAAACGUUUGAUUCACAAUUUUUCAGUGUACAUCAAAAACAAGCCGAACAUAUGGAUCCACAAAUUCGAAUGUUGCUCGAAGCAACACACGAAGCCAUAAUUGAUGCUGGUUUCAAUCCACAGGAAUUACGUGGCAGCCGUACAGGUGUGUACGUUGGUCUUGGAAAUGCUGAAGUUGAAUCAUAUUGGAACACUGAUCCAGAUCGUAUUAAUGGCUAUGGUUUGACUGGAUGCCAACGUGCUAUGUUUGCCAAUCGUAUAUCAUUUACUUUUGACUUAAAUGGACCGAGCUAUUCGUGUGAUACCGCUUGCUCAAGUUCAUUGUAUGCAUUGUCACAAGCCUUUGACAAUAUAAGAGCUGGCAACUGUGAUUCGGCCAUUGUUGCUGGGACGAGUCUCGUUUUGAAUCCGAAUAUAUCAUUGAACUUCAAACGUUUGAAUAUGCUGAGCCCUGAUGGAAAAUGCAAAGCAUUUGACGAAAGCCGAAACGGUUAUGUGCGUUCAGAUGGUUGCGUUGUAAUUUUCUUGCAAAAAGCCAGCCAAGCUCGUCGUGUUUAUUCAACUAUUUUGAAUGUUCGCACUAACACUGACGGUUACAAAGACCAAGGUAUCACAUACCCAAUUGGCGCUAUGCAAAACCGUUUGAUUCGAGAAACAUAUGAAGAAAUUGGAUUGCAUCCACACGAUGUUGUCUAUGUUGAAGCUCACGGUACUGGUACCAAAGUUGAUGAUCCACAAGAAAUCAACUCAAUCACCGAUUUCUUCUGCAAAGAUCGUAAAAUACCAUUGUUGCUUGGUUCAGUAAAAUCAAAUAUGGGACAUUCAGAACCGGCAUCAGGCGUAUGCUCAAUUGCUAAAAUUAUUUUGGCCAUGGAGUCUGGCGUUAUUCCAGGAAAUUUACACUAUAAAAUACCAAAUCCAGAUUUGUAUGGUAUUAUUGACGGUCGCGUAAAGGUUGUUGAUCGUAACACUCCAUGGAACGGCGGUAUCAUCGGUUUGAAUUCAUUCGGUUUCGGUGGUGCUAACGCUCACGUUAUUAUGAAAUCAAACCAUAAACCAAAACCAACCACACCAUCUGACACAAUUCCUCGUUUGACUGUAUUCUCGGGCCGUACUAGCGACGCUUGCAAUUUACUUUCGGACGAAGUUGACAUAAACAAAACCGACGAAGAAUUCUUGAGCUUGGUGAACGAAAUUCAUUCAAAGAACAUCCCAUUGCAUUUCUACCGUGGCUAUGCACUAUUCGGUGACACGAAAACCAUUCACAAAGUCGACAAACUGGUCGAUGAUAAACGUCCAAUUUGGUACAUUUACUCUGGUGUAGGAUCACAAUGGGCUGGCAUGGCUAAAGAUUUAAUGCACUUGGAAGUGUUCCGCAAUAGCAUUAACCGUUGUACCGAUGUUUUGCGUCCAGAAGGUGUUGAUUUGGUUAAAAUCCUCACCGAAAGUGAUGAAUCAACAUUCGAUAACAUUUUGAAUUCAUUUGUUUCGAUUGCCGCCGUCCAAGUGGCUCUCACCGAUGUUUUGACGCACUUGGGCAUUUUCCCGAACGGAAUCAUCGGUCACUCAGCUGGGGAAGGUGUCUGUGCAUAUGCUGACGGUUGCUUCACAACAGAACAAACCGUAUUGGCUGCAUACUGGAGAGGUCGCAGCCUCUUGAAAUCUGACGUGAAAAAGGGGAUGAUGGCUGCUGUCGGUCUAUCAUGGGAAGAAACAAAGGCUCGCGCUCCAGCUGACAUCGUUGCCGCAUGCCACAACAGCAGCGAUAAUGUAACCAUUUCAGGACCAACCGAAUCAGUAGUAAAAUUCGUUGAAGAACUGAAGAACGAAGGUGUCUUCGCAAAGGCCGUUAAAUCAUCUGGAUAUGCUUUCCACAGCAAAUACAUCGCCGAUGCUUGCCCGAAAUUGAGGAAAUCAUUGGAACGAAUCAUUCCAUACCCAAACAACCGUACAUCACGCUGGAUCAGUACUAGCAUUCCAGAAAACGGCUGGACAAAUCCAAUUGCUCAACAAAGUUCACCGGCUUAUCACGUCAACAACCUACUCUCACCAGUUUUGUUCCACAAAGCCGUUCAACAUAUUCCAAAGAAUGCUAUCUGCAUUGAAAUCGCGCCAACUGGAUUAUUGCAGGCCAUUUUGAAAAGAUCAUUAGGAAGCGAGGCCGUUAACUUGAGCUUGAUGGGACGUGGCCACGAAAAUAAUCUCGAUUUCUUCUUGCGAAAUGUGGGAGAAUUGUACGUCGCCGGUGCUCAACCACAAGUGUCCAAAUUAUAUGCACCAAUUUUUUACCCAGUUGGUCGUGGAACACCUAUGUUGAACUCGAAAAUUGGCUGGGAUCAUUCGCAACGAUACUUUGUACCAAAAUUUGGAUUGGAUGCUAACACCGGUGAUGCUGUAGUCGAAGUUAACCUUGCUAAUGAUGAUGAUGCAUACUUUUCUAGUCAUACGUUAAAUGGUCAUAUUAUGUUUCCAGCUACUGGUUACAUGACAUUGGUGUGGCGUGUAUUUUCCAAGACGAAAAACAGCACAUACGAAAAGACCCCAGUCGUUCUCGAAAAUGUUGUUUUCCAUCGUGCAACUAUUUUACCAAAAGAAGGCUCCGUUAAAUUCCAUGUCAAAUUCUUGGAUGGCAGCAAUCGUUUUGAAAUCUGUGAAGGUGGUUCACUCGCUGUUUCGGGUAAAAUUUAUGUACCAGAAGAUGUUGAAAUGGAACAAUUGCCAUUGGAUCCACUUGAGCAAGACAAAUCGGGACUUCCAUUGAAUUCCAACGAUGUGUACAAGGAAUUAGGUCUACGUGGUUGCAAUUUUACCGGUAAAUUCCGUAGUAUUAGCGAAUGCGAUUUGAAUGCUGUCACCGGUAAAUUGCGAUGGGAUGACAACUGGGUAUGUUUUAUUGAUGGUAUGGUGCAAUUUGGUGGUUUGAGAUAUAAAGAUACACGUGAAUUGUAUUUACCAAAACGUAUCGAACGUGCCGUUUUCAAUCCAACCAAACAAUUUGAAAUGAAUGAAACUUUGAAACAAAACAAUGCUGAUGUUCCAAUUUAUGUGUACAAAGACAUUAACGUCAUCAAAUCAGGCGGUGUUGAAAUUCGUGGAUUGACCUAUUCAUUAGCACCACGUCGUCCACUCUCACAUUCGCCACCAAUUUUAGAACGUUAUGUAUAUGUUCCAUUAAAAAAUGCCAAUCAAGAUUUGUCAACGUUCGCUGAACGUGCUCGAUUGCACGCCGUUUCGGUUGCAACCCAUUUAGCAAUUGAAAAUAGUGGCGGUGCAUUGAAAAUUAAAGUAGCUGAAGUUGUUGAAAGCAAAGCAGCCAAAGACACGCUCGCCCAAAUGGUUCAAUCAAUUAUCGACAGUGAACCAACAUUGGCCAGCGAUGUUGCUAUUAUAAACAAUCAACCAGCUGAAGCAUACGUUCAAACUGUCGGUGAAUCUGGCAUUCGUGUCGUUGCCAAAGACCCAAACACUGGACCAGUCGAAUCAAACUGCCACUUGGUUGUUGCCUACAAUGUUGUUUCAAGUGCUAAUGCCAACGUUGUUUUCAACAAUCUCAAAGCCUCAAUCAAGGAAGAUGGUUUCAUUUUGCUGGAAGAAAAUGUCGAUGGAUAUGACGAAGUGGCCGCUAAAAAUUUACUUGCCAGUUGCAAUAUGGCUAUCGUUUCGGUCCAACGUGCCGCAGAUAAAUACUUCGUUUUAGUUCGUCAAGUUGUCGAUUUUGCCCACCGAAAUAAGACCAUUGUUUGGAUUACCGAAAAGAACUACUCUUACCUGGAACCACUGAAAGCCGCAUUGGCAAAUGCGAAAAAAGAUCAAACCUAUGUGUACAUUGUUGGACAAAGUGAAGAACAAUUGGGUGCUGUCGGCUUUAUGAACUGUAUCAAGAUGGAAAAUGGCGGUAAAUUUGCUCGUUUGGUAUUCAUCCAAGAUGUUGACGUCAAACAAUUCUCAUUUACAAGCCAAAUGUAUGCCGAACAAUUGACCAAAGAUUUGAUAAUCAAUGUUUACAAGAAUGGCAGCUGGGGAACAUUCAGACACUUAAAAUUAAAUAUUCAAGGUGAUCAAAUUUUGCCCGUGGAACAUGCUUACGUCGAUACAUUGACCAAACGAAAUUUGUCCAGUUUGUCAUGGAUUGAAAGCCCAUUGUCUCGCCAAUCGCUCGAUCGAAUGGACAAAAAAUUUGAAUUGUGCUCCGUUUACUAUGCACCAAUCAAUUUCCGUGAUGUUAUGUUGAGUUCUGGAAAAUUAUCGGCAGACGCUUUGCCCGGAGAUUUGGCCACACAGGAUUUUGUCCUGGGUUCGGAAUUCGCUGGACGUGACUCAAACGGAAAACGUAUUAUGGCUAUGGUUCCGGCUAAAUCACUUGCCACAACCUGUAUCGCUCAAAGAAAUAUGAUGUGGAACAUUCCAAGCAAUUGGACAAUGGAACAGGCAUCGACCGUUCCAAUUGUUUACUCAACCGCCUACUAUGCUUUGGUUGUGAUUGGCAGAAUGAAGAAGGACGAAUCGAUUUUGAUUCAUGCUGGUAGCGGUGGUGUUGGUCAAGCAGCCAUCAGGGUUGCAUUGCAUCACGGAUUGACCGUAUACACAACUGUUAGUAGCAAAGAAAAACGGGAAUUUUUAAAGACAACCUACCCACAACUGACCGAUGCAAACAUUAGCAACUCACGUGACACAUCAUUCGAGCAAUUUAUUAUGCGUGCCACCAAAGGAACGGGUGUUGAUUUGGUAUUGAAUUCACUUGCUGAUGAAAAACUUCAGGCUUCAAUUCGUUGCUUAGGAAUUAACGGUCGUUUCUUGGAAAUCGGGAAAAUCGAUAUGAACGACAACACUCUAUUGGGUAUGUCUACGUUUUUGAGGAACACUUCAUUCCAUGGCAUUUUGUUGGAACAUCUUAUGCAAGGCGACGACGAAAGUAUUAAAACUGUUGUCGGUUUGGUGGCUGAGGGUAUUACAAAUGGUGUCGUUUGUCCACUGCCAACUACCGUUUUCAACAACAAACAAGUCGAGCAAGCAUUCCGAUUCAUGGGUAGCGGCAAACACAUUGGUAAAGUUGUGGUUAAAGUGAGGGAUGAAGAAUCACAAGUGGUAUUGAAACCAACACCACAACGAAUCUUGGCCAUUUCACGUACAUACAUGUUUGAUGAGAAAUCCUACAUCUUGGUAGGUGGUUUGGGUGGUUUUGGUUUGGAACUAGCCAACUGGAUGGUAAUACGUGGUGCCAUCAAAUUGGUGUUAAACUCACGUAGCGGUGUUAAGACUGGUUAUCAAUCAUUGAUGAUUCGGCGCUGGAACGAACGCGGUGUUCAAGUUGUUAUUGAUAUCAAUGAUGUUACCACAUUGAAGGGAGCCAAAAAUUUGCUCAAAGAAGCCAAUAAAUUAGGACCGGUUGGUGGAAUUUUCAAUCUUGCUGGUGUUUUGCGAGACGGUUUGUUGGAUGAUCAAAUUGAAGACGAUUUCAAAGCAGUUUGCGUACCAAAAAUCAAUGUAACCAAAAAUUUGGAUACCGUUUCACGUGACCUGUGCCCAGUUUUGGACUACUUUGUUUGCUUUUCGAGUGUGGCCUGUGGUCGUGGUAACAUCGGUCAAACUAACUAUGGUUUGGCUAACUCAGCCAUGGAUCGUAUCUGUGAAAAUCGUCAAGCAUGCGGUUUGCCUGGAACAUCUAUUCAAUGGGGAGCCAUCGGUGAAACUGGCAUGGUUAUUGAAAUAUUGGGCGACAAUGAUAUUGUUAUUGGUGGUACAUUGCCACAACGUAUGGUUUCAUGCUUGCAAAUAAUGGAUCUGUUCAUGCAACAACCACACGCAGUUCUCAGCUCAAUGGUCAUCGCCGAAAAGCGUAAGGCCGAAAGUAGCGACGACGUCACUUUGAUCAGCCGUAUUGCCAACAUUAUGGGAAUGAAAGACUUUAAGAAUGUACCCGAUCAAACGUCAUUGGCUGAAUUAGGUAUGGAUUCUCUAAUGGGCGUUGAAAUUAAACAAACAUUGGAAUGGAACUACAAUAUUGCGAUGAGUGCAUCAGAAAUUCGUCAACUGUCAUUCGGCAAAUUAAAAGCGUUGGUAUCUGGAGACAGAUGUGUUGCACCAGUUACCAAAUAUUGUGAGCCUGCUGUUCACACAUUCAUUCAUGCGAUGAAUGAAUCAUAUGUUCAGGGAUUCUUCGAUCCUAUACCAACGGAAGUUUUGGUUAAAAUUGAAACACAAGCACCAGCCGACAGUCGUUACAAACAAAAUUGAUAUUGUUACGGUGAAAGGUGACCAUAGAACCAUCUUGACUGGUAUGGAAUCCUUGGACAAAAUUGCCAACAUACUACAAUCAGUUAACCCUUUUAUUUCUGCAACUAGCAUUUGCAUAGAAGAUCUCGGAAAAGCACGAUAAAAUCAAUGUCAACAGAAAGAUAUUGUUUUAGCAUAGCGAAAUUAUUUUGUAAAGGAAAUUUUUUAAUCAAAGUUGUUGAAAUAAAUUAAUGAACCAAUCUAUCGAAUUAA